AUGGGCUGUUGGUUCAGGAUAGUGGCUGUUCCGGAUCUGGGCGCCAUGUCGUGGGAAACCGAGGGAGAGUCUACAGAGGCUGUGCCGAAUUUUCUGGAAAAGCUUGACGAGUCUCAAAGGAAUGAAGCAGUUGGCCGACUGCUCAAGCCUGAGAACGAGGACACCUGCAACGAGCUUCUCCACAGAUUUGCCUGCACACGUGGCGUCGCGCGGCAGGUGACUUUCAGAUCUCUCACCGGGGAGGCCGUUGAGUUGACACCCCCGCCGAAGCACACUUUGCUGGAUGCCAGGCAGGCUGUACUGGACAACGUGGCAAAGAAGAUGCCACCUCUAGAGGUUGGCUACCACCGGGAUGCGCGAUUCUUUGCUGGAAGCGAGCUUCUCGUCGAAACGAUGCUUGCGGCGAUGCUGCCUCACGAGGUCUCUGUGGUUUUCGAUCAAGUGAAGACCUACGGGCUUCCUUUCUUGCCGUCGGACGCCUACAACUGA